AUGACCAUAGUCUCGAAUGAUCCCGCUAUGUUACCGUUUAUCAGUGCUACUCGUUUUAGAAGCUAUUUUACAGUUGUAUGUUCUGCCGCGGUGGUAUACGAUUGGGCAUUAACAUUCGGACAAGAGUUCGAACUGGUCUGGGUGCGCUACAUUGGAAUACUAUAUUCUGUCAAGUCUCCCAGUCUCGAUGACAGACGUAGUGGGUGUUCUGCACCGAUGGUUGCCAUUCCUAUUCGAUCACUAACUGUACUCCUACACAGGACUACGCAUGUUGUCGUCAAUGCUAUGCUGGGUGUUAUCAUGAUGAUUCGGAUAUAUGCCAUGUAUCAACGAUCCAAAAAGAUGCUCGUUUUUCUCGUUGUAGUCUUGCUGGCUUCCACGAUCGCCUCCGGCGUUAUCACAGUGAUGGCAAACACUGGUGUUUCAGUGGAUCUGGGUUUCGAGAAUAUGAUAUCCACCUUUAUAUGGGAGAUCCUCGCCUUCAUUCUUGCAGUCUGGAUCGUCAUAAAACACUACCGGUCGACCAUUAGGAACUAUUUUACGGUGUUAACCAAAAGUCACACAUUUUACUUCGUAGCAUGUUUGUGCUGGGACCCGCGUCUGGUCCUCAGCAUUCGCGAAUAUCACGCUAAGCUUGUGGCCAGGUCCGACGAGGGAACAGCCAUGACAUCUAUUUAUUUCCAGGCUGGUGGCAAUGCGUUGACUGGUGGAGAUGUGUUGACUGGCGGAGGGUGUUUAGCACAGGAAACCAUCCAAAUGAUCAACCACGGUACUGUCACUUACAGGAGCAUAUAG